ACGACCCCAAUGUUCUCUAAAAACAAGUCUUAAUCAACACCGCAAUCACCCAAACCCAAUAUAGCUUCAAAUCAUGCUUUCUUAACUCUAUUUUCCAUGACCCAAUUGUCACUACCAUAGAAAUCGAAUACCCGUUGAAGAACGAUUCCCGUUGUGAUUGGGUUGUGGGUUCAUGUAAUGGCUUAAUUUGCAUAGCUAUUAGACAAGAUAAAGUCAUUUUAUUAAACCCCGUUUUAAGGGUUUCCAAAAGGUUGCCUGAUUUAGGGUUUAAGAAAAGGAAGGGUUGCUAUACUGUUUAUGGGUUUGGUUUUGAUGCUUCCCUGGAUGAUUAUAAGGUUGUUAUGGUAUUUUGUUAUCAAAGCAAGGGUUUUGAAGAUGCUUAGAGUUACGGUUUAUUCAUUGACGACUAAUAGUUGGAGGAGGAUUCAAGAUUUCCCCUUUGGGGUUCCUUGUAAUGAAGCUGCGAAGCAUGUUGAUGGGAAUUUGAAUUGGGUUGUUUUUCAUGGACAAGAGGGCUUUUCGUGUACUAUUGUCUCCCUUGCUUUGGCUCAGGAAAUGUAUAAUGAAGUUCCGCAACCAUGUUACGGCAAUGCCUCGAAAGGACAUUAGGGAUAUUGGAUGGAUGUCUUUGUGUGCUUUGUGACUACGGGGGAUUGUAUACUGUGAUUUGGGUUAUGAAAGAGUAUGAAAGAGAGAGUCUUGGACUAAGCUGAUUACUAUUCCGUACCUGCCGUAUCCGGGAGCCGAAUUCUAUGCCGCACCAUUGUUUGUAUCAGAAACUGGUGUGAUUUUGUUUCAUUUCGAGAUGAAUUUAGUUCUAUACGAUUCCAAGGAGAAUGCUUUUAGGAUCCCUGUGAUUCCUUAUGAUGCUAUUUUGUAUAUCGAUCAAGCAGAAGUCUAUGAAGAGAGCCUUGCUUCGGUAUAGAUGAAUGGAGUUAAUAGCUAUCAUGAACAAAGAGAAAGUUUCAGGGAUGUGGUGAUCGAGGGGGAUUCGAAAGCUGUGAUCUCAAAGUUAUCUUCAGAGAAUACUGAUUACUCUGAGAUCAGUGCGCUAAUAUGGGAAGCAAAAGGCAAAGCGAGGGGAUUACAUGCAUGUACCUAUCAGCAUAUCCACCGGUCGGAUAACAAAGCAGCACACUUGUUGGCGACGAUGCAUAAUCACGAUGAAGACGAUCGGUUCUGGAUCGAGGAGGCUCCUCGAGCAGUGGAAGAUAAAGCUGCCGAGGAUAGGCACGGGUUGGAGCCAUCGAAGGGUGCUCUCUCUCCGUCUGGUUGGAAUGUGAACAGGUUUUAUUUUGCUCUGUUGGUCUUCGCCACUUGAAGCUUUCAUGGGUUUUAGUUGGGUUGUGGAGAAGCCGAUUAGUCGGCUUUUUUUUUUUU